CACCCACAUCCCUACCACCCACCACACACCGUCGUCAUGGCCACGGACGCGAACCCCAACCCUACCCGCGUCGUCUCCAGCCCCAAAGUCUGGACCACCCUCAUCACCAACACGACCUACCUCUCCGGCCUCCUCACCCUCGACGCCUCGCUCAAACAAUGCGGCUCCAAAUACCCCCUCGUCGCCCUCUACACCGACACAUUCCCCGCCUCCGGCCACGCCGCCCUCGACGCGCGGGGCAUCCCCAAAAAACGAAUCCCCUACCUCCUCCCCUCCGUGUCGAAAGAUUACUCCAAUGACCCGCGCUUUUAUGAUUGUUGGUCGAAAUUGACGCCGUUUUCCUUGACGGAGUAUGAGCGCGUGGUGCAAUUGGAUAGCGACAUGUUGGUGUUGAAGAAUAUGGACGAGUUGAUGGAUAUACCCCUCGAUGGAGCAGAAGAGAAGGGACUGGGAAGUAGGGUGUUUGCGGCAAGUCAUGCGUGCGUGUGUAAUCCGUUGGGGAAGGGGCAUUAUCCUAAAGACUGGAUUCCGGCCAACUGUGCUUUCACGAGCCAACACGGGGAUCCUGAAAAGGCGCAAGUUGAGGGUGCGGAUUCCGGGGCGGGACUAGCGAUGCCCAACGGCGGACUGCAAGUCGUGGUGCCGAGUAAAGAAGUCUACGAUCUCAUCUUGUCGAAAUUGGACUCCCCGGAUAUCAACUAUGAUUUCGCGGAUCAGAGUUUGCUUGGGGACUUGUUCCGUGGCAGGUGGGUGGCGCUGCCGUAUGUGUAUAAUGCGUUGAAGACGUUGCGGUGGAAAGGGGUGCAUGAUGCGAUUUGGAGGGAUGAGAGCAUCAAGAAUGUGCAUUAUAUUAUGUCACCGAAACCUUGGGAUGAGAGUGAGAGUGAUAAGGGGAAGGAGGGGAGGGAUGGGAGUCAUGGGUGGUGGUGGGUGGUUAAUGACCGGAGGUUGGAGGAGGAGAGGAAGAGGGGGAUUGACGAUGGGUUUUGA